AUGGAAAACAAACAAACUCUUGUUUACACUCUCACUGCCAUCUUUCUCGCUGUCCACUACUUAUUCUGGAGGUUCCGGCCACGUUACACUAAAGUCACGUCUGCCAUUAGACUAUCCCGCCACCUUAACAUUCGCAGUUUAGCAUCAGUCCCAAGCUACAACUUCGACUUCAUGUUGUAUAUGGUCAAUAAGGCUAAGUCCGUCAACAAAGCCCUAGAAGAAGCCGUUCCUCUCCGCGAGCCAGCACUCAAGAUCCGUGAAUCCAUGAGGUACACACUUCUCUCCGGUGGAAAACGUGUAAGGCCAAUGCUUUGUUUAGCUGCAUGCGAGCUCGUAGGCGGCCAAGAUUCCAACGCAAUGCCAACUGCAUGUGCGGUUGAGAUGCUUCACGCAUCAUCUCUCAUCCAAGACGACCUCCCUUGUAUGGAUGACGACAACCUUCGCCGUGGAAAACCAACCAACCAUAAAGUCUUUGGCGAAGAUAUAUCCAUCUUGACAGCUGAUGCACUCAUAGCUCUGGCUGUCCAGAAGAUGGCCGCGUCCACCACCUUGGGCGUUCCUCCAGAGAGGGUUCUCAGGGCUAUUAUGGAGAUGACAAAAGCCUUGGGAACGGAAGGGCUCGUUGCGGGUCAAGCUGCGGAUAUGGCCGGAGAAGGGAUGAGCGAAGUGGGUUUGGAACAUCUUGAGUUUAUACAUAUCCACAAAACGGCGGCGUUGCUUGAAGCUUCUGCGGUGGCGGGUGCUAUAUUAGGAGGUGGGUCUGAUGAAGAGAUUGAAAAGCUUAGGAUGUAUGCAAGAUGUAUUGGGCUGAUGUUUCAAGUGGUGGAUGAUGUGUUGGACGUGACAAAGUCGUCAGAGGAGUUGGGGAAGACGGCCGGUAAAGACUUGAUGGCCGGAAAGCUAACGUAUCCGAGGUUCAUGGGGGUGGAGAAGUCGAAGGAAUAUGCUGAGAAGUUGAAAGUAGAAGCGAGAGAGCAUCUUAAAGGGUUUGAUUCACAAAAGGUGGCGCCGUUGUUGUCUCUCGCGGAUUACAUUGUCAACAGAGAAAACUGA